ACAUUAUUGGGUGAUACCUGUCUGGUGGUUGGACUCUCGCGGUUUUACGUGCGGGCAUUAACGCCUACAACAGGACGACGAACAUUCUGUGAGGAACACUCUGCAAAUGACCCCCGUGUGAAUUAUCAUAAAGAAAGAAAAAACCCGUCCAUUAUAGGAGUCCAAUGUCCCGCCAGUUCUUCCUCUGAAUCCGUCACUUCCUGUCCCAGUAGAAACAGUGGACAAUAAUGUGGUUACCUGUCUUUGUGAUGAUUUUUUCUUUAAUAGAUGGUAUUUCCGGUUACUGUCGCGAGGGCUUUGCGCAGGUGGACAAAUGGUGUUUUUCAUUCAACCUUCAACCAAUUGGAAUGCUUGACACAUCGAGGGAAUGUCAACGACAAGGGGCGGGGCUUGUAAACCUGGACUCAGCCGAAAAAGAAAGGGCACUGACUCAGUUCAUAGAAGAUAUGAAUUUCUUCGGCAUUAACCAGGACAGAAGCGAUCUACAGAGGUCGCUCCAGGAAUUGGUUAACACAGACAACGAUGCCGCGGCCUUCUGUGACGAUUAUCUAAAGUACAGAGAGAAAUCCAAAUCAUACACGUUCAUUCCAAACACCAAGAUCCCGCUGGGCUCUAAUCCCGAGGAUCGGGCCAAUCAAACGACUCCUGAGGGAUUCCGAAUCAAGUUGUCAACAAUUCCAGGGGCUGGGUUUGGAGGCUUUGCCGAGAGAUUCGUUCCCAAGCACACCAUCAUUGGGAGUUACGAGGGGAUUACACACACACACCACAAGGACGAUGACCUCUACUCCUGGCAGGUGGAGAAGCUUGGUUCUUCCGGUAUGUACAUGAUUGACGCUGGAGACCCCGCCCACAGUAACUGGUUGCGCUGGCUCAACUGUGCCGGAAACGUUGAACAGGAGAACGUGAUCGCUGUGUCUUGCGCAGGCCUGAUACUUUAUAUGACGACCAGAGACAUCUAUCCCGGAAGUGAAAUGUUUGUCUGGUAUGGAGAGGGAUAUGGGGACUUUCUCAAAAUUAACAGAAUCCAUCCAGAUUCAGAUCUCCAGGGCGUGUUCAAUAUCCGUGUAAAUGUCCUCGUGUUUGACGAGGAGGACCGGACUCUGUUUGAUGACGGGACUCAAGUUAGCUACUCAAACUGGGUACCAGAGGCAGCUUCUGACUUUGUCGACAAUACGUUUGGCCUCGUUUUGACGUACAACGGAAGUGACUGGAAAUGGUUUCCAGAAAAAGACUAUCGCUAUUUCACAGGACCAGAAGGUUUAAUUCUACCAUACGUGUGUGAGGACAGAACGACAUACGGGGAGGAUGGCGUCAUCGACCCUAACUACCAGGAGGAGGACAUUGAGAGUUCAACGACUGACGGUCAAAUAGACUCCGAUAUUGCCCGCAAAGACAUCACAUCGUUUCAGAGAGAGGGUCUAUUAGAACCAGUUUGUGACGGGUCGUCGUAGAUUUGUGUAGAUGUGUUUAAUUUAUUGUACAGGUGUGGAGAGAGCACUGGCGAGAGAGAGAGAGAGAGAGAGAGAGAGAGAGAGAGAGAGAGAGAGAGAGAGAGAGAGAGAGAGAGAGAAUGAGAACAUAAACAGACAUACAGGGAUAGAAAAUUAUAUUUAUUGAAUAUGUUCUUAUCUAAGAUCUCGUUUUUCCUGAUCAGGAUAUAUCCAUCAUCUUUCUAUCCUAUGUUAGUUAUUUGCUCUUGUUAUCAAGUUUCCGGAAUGACUGAGUUGUUUUCUGGGUAAUAUUACCAGAGACCAUCGCUGAGAGUUCUAAUGUCUCUAUCAAUGGGAGUCUGACAUGUAGGAAGAAUCUUAACCAAAGGCGAUCGAUUGACGUCAAAAUAUUCACAGGAACCAUAACUCUACAUUUUGUCACAUUCCUAGUAGUAUGCAGAUACACAUUUCUAUUGCUUUUGGUUUGUAUAUCUCGCUGGGGAUCAGACUAGAGACAUCUGUUUUUACACCUUUUUCUCGAGAACCACAUGUCUACAGUUUGACUGCAUGACCUUGAACUCUAAUGCGAGGAUGGAAUCGCCAGUUUAAAGUUUUGGACACAAGAAUUGAUUUCUUGUGGAUGAGACUGACGUACCUGUUGUUUUCGUAGUAAGUGCGAGUAAAUGAACUUUGUAUACACAGUAUUAUUUUUUGUUCAUGUUGAACUAUUUGCUUAUAUUUUUGUCUGAUUUUGUUUAAUAAAAUUAAAUUAUUAAGACAC